AUGUCCCUUUUGUAUGCAAACGAGCAAUAAUCAUUAAGAGAACAGAUUUUUAAAAUUAAAGAUAAAUUGUUAUCCUUAUCUUAAGACUUAAGCAACUAUCAUGCAGAUAUCUAGGAAUCAAAUAGUACUGCGCAUUUUAGGACUUAGGAAGAUGAGCAAUCUCCUUAAAAAGUAUCUCAUGAAAAUGAAGAAAAGUCAUUUUCAUAAUUGAAUUUUGUUGAUAAAAAUAAAUAAGUAUCAAACUAAUGUCAUCAAUUCAAAAAACUAAAGCCCCUUUUUAAGGUUCCAGAUAGGUCCAUUAAAAUUUGA